UUUGUAUAUUUAUAAAUCAAGAGAUAAAAUAGUCUUUUGUCUCUUUAAUGAAACAUCUUUGGUUGUUUUCCUCUUUAAAAAAAAAAUUUGUGAUAGAAACUUAAAAAUUAUUUGAGAGAAUUGUUCAUUAUUUUCAAAUAAUAUAAUUCAUCUAAGUACAAAUGAGGGAACUCUACGGAAAUACAAUAAAGCUAAGGAUAAAGGAUUUACAUAAGCUAAAAGUUGCCUACGUUAUUUGGAACUAACUCCUGUAUUUUCUAAUUUACUGGUAUGUACCUUUUCAUUUUGUUCUCUAGAUGUCACCAGUUCAUAGAACUAGUUUUUAUGUUAAUCACUCGUUUAAUCUAAAUGAGUGUUGCCCAAAAAUAUAAUAGUAACUAUUUAAUGCAUUUUAUGAAAUCUUGCAUUGUCAGCAAUUCGCCCACUAUGCUUUAGGCCCAUUUCCUGAGAACUGGACAACCGGUAAAAACAUAUCAAAGGACAAAUUGUCACUUCACAUAUCAGCAAUGGAUUGCGGUCUCUAUCCAAACUUGAGUUCACUCACAGGCACAAAAAUCUCUACAGGCUUCAUAUUUUAAAAGUAUUUAUAAUUAAUCCUAGAAACCAAUUAAAAUACACAUUAACCAUAAUUCAAUCACUCAACUAUUUGAUGAUGUCGACUUGAUAGUAGGCGAUGACCAUGGCCGGUACUGAAAUCUACAAACUCUAUACAAUAUCUUUUUACAUACGUAUUUGUAUUAUCAUUAAUAAUAAGUGAAAUAAUAAUACCAAUUUUAUUUCUAAUAGCAGUUCUAUUAUUUCGAAUAGCUAUAAAUUUUUCUGUAGAUAUUAAUAUGAACCUCACUGUUAUUAUGCUCGUAGUUAUUCAAAUAAAACGUGUCCUUACCGUAUAUCAAUAACUGUCGUAUGUGGAUGUCCAAAAAAGAAGUUGCCUAUUUGAUUAAAUCAAAAUCACUAUAAGUUAGCAUAUUUCUCUACCAGUUUUUCUAUUAUAACUAUAAGGCUGAUUAGCGCGCUAAUAAUUUAAGUAUGUAUAUAUCGUCAUUUGCAUAGACUGGAGUUGUGUAUUUUUGGUAAGAUUGCUUUUCUAUGUCCAUACAGAAAACGGCUUGUUGAGUAAAGUAAAGUGGUCGACCUCAUGCUUUCCCCAUAACGGCCGGCUUUAUUUAUUUUCUGUGAAAGCUAGUAUAUAAUUUUAAUUUAACAGAAUACGAGCGAUAGCUUUCUCUACAUCACCAAUCUUCUUCACACCCUAAAAGGGAAAGAAGAAGAAAAAAGUAAGACAUGAAACAAAGCGAAAUAUUGUUCAGAUUUUCAAAGAAAGAUGGCAUCUCCUUUUUAUAAAAGCAGGAAAGCGUAUAUAAUAUAGUAGUUCUUUGAAUUCAUCUUUUUAGACCUUGAAACAAAAAAAUAAUAGCAGUGAUGUAAUUUAUAUAAAUACAUCAAACUACAUUAGUUUUGAUGUGCAGAAACAUAUAAAUAUUUGUUAAAAUACACAUUUAACAUUAACAGAAAAGUAUAUACAUGAUGUUAAAUUAACUCUCUGGAUACUGUGAUUGUUUUUUUUUUGUCAACUGGAUAUUGUGAUUGUUAUUUAACAAAUAUUAUCAGUGUGACCUAAAUAAUUUUAUAUAUACCAGUGGGAUUACACUUCAUUUUUUAAUUUAAAUUUGAUAAUUUCUUUUAUACGGUCGGUUUACACAUCUCAUGUCGUAGUGUUUGGCACCGAUUGCUAUAAGUAAACCAAUCUACAGAAAGUUUUGUUACCCAUACACCAUUUGAAUUACAUGAAAAUGGGACCUAAAAAGCAAAGAAAAAUAGUGAGAGGUUAAGGAAUCUUUUCCUGCCUCACAUCUUUUUUCACUGUGGGGUUAAAAAUCCCUCCUUUUCAUGCAAGACCAACUUUUAAUUAUCUAUUUUUACCUCCUCACUUUCUCUUCUUUUGUUUACCCUUUUAAACACACCAACUCUCUCACAUUCACAACACUCUUCUCUCUCAACUCCUUCAUCUUCACGAAGCUAAUGGACUUCCUUCCCCCAGUCAAACCAGAAAGUGUGGAGGAGAUAGUGUUGAUGGAAUACGAUGAAGAGGACAACCAACUCGAAGCUGAGUUUUGUCCCGUUGAGCAUCCUAUUGAACCGGAAGAAGAAGAUCGUCCGGUUAAAUGUCCCGUACCAAUCUCAUCUGCUCUCAUCCACAAUUCUACGGAGAAAACCAAACCGGGCUGGGUUAAACACAGAGCCAGCUGCGAAACUCCAGUUUAUCCACCUCCACGUCAUGUCCGCAACGUAAGAAAGAGACGCAACUCGUUUGUCGAAGGAGACAACAGUUUCUUCACGAGAUCUAUGUUCUCAACAUCAACUCAUCAUGAGGAAGAAACCACAUCUCGAAGAUCCACUGCCACAACAAUCUACCGAGUUUUUCAACAAGUUCACGAGUUCGAGCCUUAAAAAAAAAAUCAACCCUUUGAGUUGUUUUAUUUUUUCGCCAGCGAUUGCUUUUUAGUUUUUGUUGUGUUUAACGUAGAUCGUCGUUACGUAGUACCAAGUUCUCGGUAUAAGUGUUAUAUUAUUGUUCGGUGUUAACCGGCCCGGUUAGGUACGGUUCGCGCAGAUAUAAAAAUUUCUAUUUUCGUGUAUGUAAAUGCGGGGCCGAAUGUAGAAUUUGGGCUUUCCGGGCAACAUUUUCAAUCAGUAUUAUACUAAUGGCCCAUGCUUUAUGAAGUCCUC